AUGUCAAAUAGUGAGAUCUCUUUCAAUUUUGAUGAUGAUGUUAUUGAACUAGAUAAAUUCCAAUUAAAUAAACAAAGUAACUCUUUUUCCAAAAGUGAAAAGAAGAAUAAUAAAGAAAAAUUCAAGUAAAAUUAAAUCUCUUUGCAAUCCCAAAAUAACAUUAAACAAUAAAUGACUAAAGAUCUCUUGUUUCUCUUAAAAUUUGAAUAACAUAUGUUAAGUUCUAUUAAUAGUCUUCAUUAGAGAAUUAUGAGAUCUCUUGAAAGUGAAUUAAAUGGAACUUGA